CAUCCCAGAGAUAAAACUUAUGGAUCUAAGUAAUGAGGAAUUCCAGUUCUCAGAGAAGAUUUGAUCUCCAGUUUUGAGGAAUCUUGGAUGUUGGAGCCAAAAGAUCUCCUCUCUAGCUUGGUUUUAUCAAGACUCUGACCUUCCUCAAGGUAGAAGUCUCAAGAAGGAAGAGAAGGCAGUGGCUACUGGGCUGCUAGCUGUCCGGUCCCAGGAAUUGCUGACAUUCAAGGAUGUGGCCGUGGACUUCACGUGGGAGGAGUGGAGGCAGCUGGGCCCAACUCAGAGGGACCUCUACAGGAAUGUGAUGUUGGAGAACUAUAAGAACCUGGUGUCCCUGGGUAAGGUCAGCUUUCCCUGUAGAUCAGUCAGUUCCUCAAGGCUCUCUCUGCAUUCCCAAUUGCUAGAAGCUGUGGUGUGUCUGAAUUGCUUACCUGAGGUUUACCUUGACAUUCAAGAUACUCAAGAAUAUUUGUCAUCACAGUCUAACGGGGGAAACAACAAGCAAAAAAUUUCAAAAAAGGUACAUACUGGAUGAAUAGGAAGUAAGUAACAGAGGGAAGGAGCCAGCACUGGGAGGGAUUUGGGCAGGCUUCCUGCCUGCUCUGCUGUAUCCCCCUCCUGUUACCCCUUCUCCUCUCCCAAUCAGCCAGUGUCGUAGAGCCGUCCAUGGAACAGCUGGCACCGUGUGUGCAGCAGGAGCCAAGGAUAGCCUCAAAGGAACUGCCUCAGCACCUGGUGGAGGGGAGGAAAGGAUUUCCAGCAACGAGGAAUCCAGCCACCCUUCUGCCCCACGUUCUCCAAGGACUCCUUAUUUUUCAACCAGAUGUGGUCUCUCAUCUGGAGAAAUGUGAAGCACCAUGGAUGCCAGAGGCAGAACUCCCAGAUUCUCUCAAUCUGCAGACCCUAUGUGAAGCUAAGGAGUUAGUACCAAAGCAAGUUGUUUCUCUGAGAGUGUCAUCUAAGGAAAGGCUUGCAAAGGAUAGUUCCUGGUAUUGUAAAUCAAGAGAAGAUUGGGAAUGUGAUUUGAAGUUACAGAGUCAGAACAAUAAUCAGGAGAGAAUAUCCAGGAAAAUGGCCUUCACCCAUAAAUGUAAUAUAUUUAUGAGAAAUUUUAAUCUGAAUUUCAACUUUGCUGCCCAACAGAGGGCUCUAUCAGGAAAAAGUCUUUAUAAAUAUAGGAAAUAUUCAAAGAACUCCAAGCAGUAUUCAAACAUUCUUAAAUACCACAAAAUCUCAUAUGAGAAGCUUUGUAAAUACAGUAAAUGUUGGAAGUACUUCAUUUACCACACAGACCUUAUUUACUGUCAUAGAAAACUUAUUGGAGAAGAAUCAUGUGAUAGUAAUGAGUGUGGGAAAGCUGUCAGCACUAGGUCAUCCCUCAGAAGAUACAAAAGAGUUCAUACUGUAGAGAAACUGUUUGUCUGCAACAAGUGUGGGAAAACCUUCAUACAGAUAGGAAAACUCAAUGCACAUAAAUGAAUUCAUACUGGAGAAAAACCUUUUGAAUGUAAUGAUUGUGGGAAAGCCUUCAGCUACCCAGCAAGUCUUACUGAACAUAAGCAAAUUCAUACUGGGGAGAAACCAUUUGAAUGUAAAGAAUGUAGGAAAGCCUUUAGGCAAAGUUCAUCACUUAGGAGGCAUCAGAUAAUUCAUACAGGAGAGAAACCCUUUGUGUGUAGUGAAUGUGGGAAAGCCUUCACAGAGAGUGGAAAACUUACUGUACACAAGAGAAUUCAUACAGGGGAGAGACCCUUUGAAUGUAUUGAAUGUGGAAAAGCCUUCAACUAUAGUUCAUCCCUUAAUGCUCAUGGAAAACUUCAUACUGGCAAAAGAAAAUAUGAAUGUAAUCAAUGUGGGAAAUCUUUUAUUAAAAGCUUAUCACUUAGGAAGCAUCAGAAAAUUCAUACUGGAGAAAAACACUUUAUAUGCAGUGAGUGUGGGAAGUCCUUUAUAGAGAAAGGAAGACUUACAGAACAUAAAAGAAUUGAUACAGGAGAGAAACCUUUAAAAUGUAAUAAAUGUGGGAUGACCUUCAGCAGUAGCUCAUCCCUUAGGGACCAUUCAAGACUUCAUACUCAAGAUAAAAGAUGUGAAUGUAAUGAAUGUGGGAAAUUCUUCAGCAGAAGCUCGGCACUCAAAAAGCACCAGAGAAUUCAUACUGGAGAGAAACUCUUUGCAUGCAAUGAGUGUGGAAAAGCCUUUGUAGAAAGGGGAAGACUUGCUGAACAUGAGAGAAUUCAUACUGGAGAGAGACCCUUUGAAUGUAAUGAAUGUGGAAAAACCUUCAGCUAUAUAGCUAGUCUUACUGAACAUAAGAGAAUUCAUACUGGAAAGAAACCAUUUGAAUGUAAUGAAUGUGGGAAAGCCUUCAUCAAAAACUCAUCACUUAGGAGGCAUCAGGUAAUUCAUACUGGAGAGAAACCCUUUGUAUGCAAUCUAUGUGGGAAAGCCUUCAUAGGGCAAGGAAGACUUACUGAACAUAAUCGAAUUCAUACAGGAGAAAAACCCUUUCAAUGCAAUGAAUGUGGGAAGGUCUUCAGCAACAAUUCAUCCCUUAGGGUUCAUUGCAGACUUCAUACUGGAGAGAAACUAUAUGAAUGUAAUGAAUGUGGAAAAUCCUUUAGCAAAAGCUCAUCACUUAGAAAGCAUCACAAAAUUUAUACAGGAGAGAAACCCUUUGCAUGUGAUGAGUGUGGAAAAGCAUUCAGAGACAAGGGUAACCUCACUAUACAUAAAAGAAUUCAUACAGGAGAGAAACCCUUUGAAUGUAUUGAGUGUGGGAAAGCCUUCAGCUACACAGCAAGUCUUACUGAACACAAGAGAAUUCAUACUGGAGAGAAACCUUUUCAUUGUAAUGAGUGUGGAAAAACCUUCCGCCAUAGGAUAGGUCUUACUACACAUAAGAGAAUCCAUACAGAAGAGAAGCCCUUUGAAUGUCAUGAAUGUGGGAAAGCUUUUAGCAAUAGCUCAUACCUUACAAAGCAUUGGAGACUUCAUACAGGAGAAAAACCCUUUGAAUGUAACGAAUGUGGGAAAGCCUUCAACAAUAGCUCAAACCUUAGGAGGCAUCAGAGACUUCAUACUGGAGAGAAACCCUUUGCAUGUGAUGAGUGUGGAAAAACAUUCAGAGACAAGGGUAACCUCACUACACAUAAAAGAAUUCAUACAGCAGAGAAACCCUUUGACUGUAUUGAAUGUGGAAAAAUAUUCAGCAACAACUCGUCCCUUAAAAAUCAUAGGAAAUGUCAUACUAAAUAAUAAUAACAGCUGGCAUUUAUAAUUUAUAUAUAAAUUAUAUAUAAAUAUGUAGUUGCUUUAUCAUUUGCAAAGCACAUUACAUAUAUUCCUCAUCAUGUAGAAAUAACACCAGUGAAUGCAAUGAAGGUACAAAAAUCUUGUCUUAUGGACCAUCAGAGAAUUUAUUAGAAUCUACGAGAAGGUAAUGAAUGUGUGAAUGUCUUCAGCAGAAACUAUUCACAUAGCAACCAUGAGAUAAUUCAUAUAGGGGAGAAACAUUUUGUAUGCAAUGAGCAUGAGAAAGCAAUUGUAAAAGAAGUAAACAUUGCCAUGAGAAAAUUCAUUCUAGAGUGAAUUGUUUUGAAUGUAAUUAACGUGGAAUAGCCUUCAGUCAACAUUUCAACCCUUGGGACCUUUUAUAGAAAACCUCAUAACAAUAUUCAGAAGAGUUUUAUUAAAACAUGUGAAAGUAUGGCUCAGGUCUUAUGAUACGCCAGAGAAUUUAAGUUGUAGGCAAACCAUAUGGGGACACUAUCAGAAAUACUCGGUUCCUUAGAAGAGCUUAGAUAACUUACAAAGUCAGAAGAAGAGCUUUCAAGAGUCUUCUAGUCCAGUGGUGCCAAACUCAAAUAGAAAUGAGGGCCACUAAACAAUACAUAAGGAUUCCUUCAGGUUGUAAUACUGACUUAAUUUUAAAAUGUAAUAUUAUAUAUGCUUUAUUAUAUUUUUGUUCAUUUCCCUAUCACAUUUUAAUCUGGGUUGGGCCAUACUUGAGUGUUGUGGGCUGCGUAUAGCCUGCAGGCCAUGUGUUUUACACUUCAGAUUUAGUUCAACCUUUACCCAAACAAGGAUCUGUUGUGUAGAAUAACUGCAAAGUGGUUGCCUUUCCUUGAAGACCUCUAGCAAGGGGAAGCCCUCUAGAAGCAGCACAUUUCACUUUUGGAGAGCUGUAAUUAUGACAUUUUUUCUUACACUGGAUUGAAGCUUGCCUCUCUGCAACAUCUACCCAUUGUUCCUAAUUCUUCUUUCUGAGGCCAGAGAAAGACUAAUUCUUUUUCCAUGUGCUAGCCUUUCAAGUACUUAAAAAAUAGCUAUGUUGUCUCUUCCAAGUCUUCUCUUUGGCUAACUCAAAUGGAAAAGCCUUCAGCUAUGAUGGAUACCUUGCUAAACAUAAAACAGUUUAUACAUGAUGGAAGUCCCUUGAAUGUAAUGAAAGCAACAAACUAUUCAUAGGGGUAAUUUUUUUGUAAAUACAAGAGACUCAUACUGAAAUUAUUUGAAUGCACUGAAUGUGGAAAACCUUUCAGAAACAACUUAUGCCUUAUUCUACAUCAGAAAAUUUAUACUGAAGAGAAGCACUAUAAAUAUAAUUUAAAAAAAAAACCUUUUCAUAGGUAAUUUAUCAUUUAUCAGACAUGAAACUCAUGGAAAGAAUGCUGGGUUUGGAGUCAGAGGACCUUAAUGCUUGUGUAACCUUGGGCAAGCCUCUCAACUUUUCUGGUCCUUAAUUUCCUUACCUAUAAGAUGAGGGCUUGGAACGAGAUAAUCUUCAAGGUUUCAUACAGCUUUAAAUGCAUCCGUGAUCCUAUGCAAGAGAUAACUGUCAAGAUGUCACAAUAUGGAGAACAAAAAUCUUGACUUGUCAUUUGUUAAAUAGUGGAUGACCAAGAUGUCAGUUUAUCUGAUAUAUUAUCUGUUGGUUUGCAAAAUAAAAAUUACCUUGAUUC